UUUUUGCACACAGACUGAGCCAAGGGGGUCGCAGCAAUAGACAGAGACAGGAUGAGCAAACAGGGCAAAGAGAUUUCAAAAGACACAGUCAAGAUGUCAGGCUUUCAGAAUGAGUCAUCACUGACAUUUUAUGAAUAGUCCCCUGAUACACUUCUGGUCCCCUGCUCAGUCUCACACUCAGAGGGUCCCAGGUUACAUCUCACCUCACGUUCUCAUCCACGAUGCAGCCACUCUGUGCUUUUACCUUCCUGUGCACGCUGUCUCUCUUCUCUCCUGUGCUUUCUUUGAACUGCAGUGGCACACAAUAUCCCUGGCCAAUUGAGACACCCCGCUUAUGCUGUGACAUGUGCCCACCAGGUCAGUUUAUAGAGAGGCGUUCAGACAACACUUGUGACCAUAGGUGUAAACCUUGCGAGGGUAACCGGUUCAUCGAAAACUACAACGAAGAAUUGACCUGCGAAGUUUGUGACAACUGUGAUAAACCAAACAUGGUGUAUAAGUCAAACUGCAGUACCACUCGCAACACUGUGUGCGGAUGUAAAGCUGGAUACAGAUGCGGAGACAAACCCUGCACACACUGUGUGCUAACACAAACCUCAGUCAUCAGAUCUACACUCCCUCCAUCCACUACAGCCCCGAAACCUGAACCCCUCACCACACUCUGGCAACCUUCUCAACCACUCAGAGAUACAGUGUGGUUCCUGGUAAUAAUUGCCCUCCUGUGUGCGGGAAUUGCACUAGUUGUUGCAACAAAAAUCAAGCCCUUUCUGCGCUGGAUCAAAUCCAAGCACGGCUACUUUUUGACUGAAGAAACUGAACCUUCACCAAGAUACUCUGAGAACGAAGAAGUAUCCACACCUGUCCAGGAAGGUUUAGGGAAAUGUGACCAAUGUGAUGUAUGAGAUUUUGGAGCCUGAAUUUGUAUAAGCAAGAAUUUGACAGGCGGAAAUUCAGUGCAAAACAUCUCGCUGUUUUGGACAUUUAUGAGAAAAGAGAACAGUUGACCUGCACGGAUGGAUGGAAUGACCGAAAGUUCGACUCAAGACUGAUGCUGUUUUAACGACUGUUUGACAUCUGUGACAUUAAGAUGAUAAAAGUGUAAAAACAGCCAAUCUGGAAGAUACCGAGUGUGACACUGAUGGUUAUACAUGAGUUAGAAAUUGUACAGUGUGUUUGCUAAACAGUGGUAUGUACUAUGUUACACAAAAGUUAAAGAUAUUUCACAUCUUUAUGUUUCAGCCCGGUCUCAUAGAAAUAUGAAAACUGGACACCAACUCUUAACAUGGUGGUGGGUAUGAAAUGUGUUAAAAUAACAUGCUGGCAACACAUGAGCAAUGCCAGUGAGGUUUUUUUGUCAUGAUGGACACAUGAAUUACAUAUAAAGAGCAAGAAAUCUGGCAUGGUGAGCAUGAGGGGUGGUGGAACGGUCAAGCAAACAAGGACUUUUAACCCGACUUGCAUGUGAAACCAAAAGUCAAAAUAGUUACAUGACUUUACGGACAUAACAAAACAAUGUAAAGUACUUUACAUAGGUACACAAUGUAACUAUGCAAAGUACAUAAAACAAUGUCACUUGCCUCCUGUUCAAGCAUUUUUCUUUAAGCCAAGUGUUUUUCCCUCCCUAAAUCUAGCCAACCUGCAAUCAUUUCACAACCUAAACCACAUUAACAACAUGUUUGAAACUGUGACAGAUCUCAUUGGACUUGGCACUGGCAUUGUUUUAAGGUUGCCAGCAUGUAAUUUUAACACAUGUUUUUGCCUACUGCCACGUAAUGCAUUUUUAAAGGAGCAGUGUGUCAGAUUUAUAGGACUCCCCCAAAAUCCUACACAUGGACCUGAAAGAGGUUGUGUCUAUUUCACAUAUUUCUGUGAGACUGUGUUGUACAUUUAUGUACAUUUUUAUGUAUAAACAGACUUUUUGAAAUAUGCUUACUAUAUGUGAUUGUU